CCUCACCGUGCCGAUGCUGGUAAGUGAUGCAAAUAUGAGGUGUUGAUGUCCUUAGCGUGAGCAGCCCAUUACAAUUUGCAUUUCAUGAUGUUUCGGAUCAUCUACCUGCAUUUGUGUUGCGAUUACUUCUUUUGUAGACUAGUCCAGAAAAUCCCACAAUUCAACCACAGGAAAAUGGCUCCUGCUUCCCGGUCUCUUCCCUGAAAAAAGCGUGCGAACGCCUGGACUGCAGCCUGGUCUCCCCGGGGACCUACUACGAUCUGAAGACAAACUCGUGCCAGCAGAAUGUCUGCAGCAGCUGCGCAAAUGGAAGAGGCGCGGUCGGGAACACUUGCUUGCUGCACGGCGGCGUGGAUUGCGUCUCUUGUGA